UCAGUACGAUCAACAACUAAAAUAUUAUAGCCGGUCUUAGUUGUUUUAAACGACUUAGUUGCAUAGAACAGCUAAGCUAGUAAAUGUGCAGGAAGUUGGAAUAAUCCCCACGAAUGCAUAACAGCAUCAAAGAAGUAGGUGGUCGGUAGAAAGUAUUUUAGUACUUGCGAACGAAUUGUUUUUGUGACCGAUCACUGCAGCGCAUAUCAAAUGAAGAUACCAACAAUCCCCCAGCAUGGAACCGUAUUUUAUACGUCCGGUGGACAUAAGGAAUCGGGCACUUUUCUCACUGAUGAGCUUGUUAUCGUAUCGGGGUUAAUUUUCAGUGAUAACGAUACACUGGUGGAAGAUAUAACCAACUCACUACGCCGCUGCCCGGUUAUAGAGCUUAACAAAUGUGAUAAGCUGAAAGAAGUUGCCGAGUUGGACUUUCGGGUGAUUCGAAAAUCCAAAGACAGUUUAGAGGAACAUGCUGCUCGACCCUGUAUGAUGGUACACUCCGUGCGCGUGAAGAACUGUUUGGAAAAUGUUUUAAAUGACCUACACGUGUCCAUUGAUGGCGAAUCUAAGCCCGUGAACAGGUACAGCAGCCUGUAUGCCAGCAUCGCUAUCCUGUCCACCAAUACAGGCACCGUUCCUUCUUGGGACCAUAUUAAAGCAAUCAUAAAUCGUUGGAAAUCACCAAAAGACGAGCCAACUAAUAUUUUAGAUAAGGUUGUCGCCAUCUCUACCCCAUUUGGAAAUGAAUCCUUCUAUAACACCGUUAACGUAGGACAUGUUACUAACAUGUUCGGUGAAAAUGAUUGUCUGCUGCUGCUCGAUAUACAGCUGAGCUUUGGAUGCCAAGGAGGGGCCGUAUAUGAUCGACAAAUGAAAAUCAAAGGAAUUAUUAUCGGUACGACGUUCGUGCAUCGCAAUGAGAAUGUAACUUUUCCGUUGGCAAUCAACGUUGAUGAAAUAAUAAGCAUCACAUCCAACAGUCGGAACCUGUGCCAAAGCCAAGUGAAUCCUUUCCCAACGCAAGCAGUACGGUCCGUUUGUAUGAUCGAUUCCCAAGGAUGCUGGGGGACUGGUUGUGCGUUUGAAUUGAAUGGAAAAUGCUACAUCAUUUCUUGUUCGCACGUUCUCGCUACGAACAAUAUCACCUGUACCUUCAGCAAUCAAACUUUUACGAGUCCUAGGUUAAUCUACAAAAAUCCUACUUUCGAUAGUGCGUACGAUAUUGCACUAAUGGAAGCAACAUUCGAAGAAGCUCAACGUUCCAAUUGGUUUUGUCGGUUGGCCAACUAUAUUCCCAGUGUAGGGCAGCGUCUUUAUGCUGUUGGGUUUCCUGUUUUCAAAUCACUUGCUAUGGGAUCAAACUUUAAACCUAGCAUCAUACCUGGGAGAGCUACGAAGUACAGCAAAGGAAUUCUUUUCACGGACUGUUCGGUGCAAUACGGGCAAAGUGGAGGACCUAUAUUUGACGAGAACGGGUGUCUGAUUGCAAUUGCUGUUUCGAACUUCAAGAGCUCAUUGGAUAAUCGAAUAUAUCCUUUCCAUAAUAUGUGUGUUCCGGUGAAAGAUAUUUACAACAUACUGAUGCAAUUCUCUCAAACCAAUGACCCGCUCGCGCUGGAACAGCUGCAAGCUAAUUGGGAGAUAAGAAGCAAAUGGAAACUCAAGCCACCCAUGAUUUUGAAUAAACUUUAAUGUUUCGGAAAGGUGUUAGUGGGGAGGGGUACUGUAGUACAAUAUAUUGUCAUUCUAAUUUUAUUGAUUUAAUCAAGAUUUGGUAAACGGAACAUUUUGGGCCUGGUGAAAAUAAAGAAAGAGAUGGAAUCAUAUGA